AAUAUUAAUACAAAAUCAGAUACUGUAUCUGAGAUACAAUUUUUGUUAGCAUUUUAGGAUAAAUAAAUAAUAAAAGAAUACAAUAAAAUGGAUUCCUGUUUGUUGUGUUUGGAAUUAAAUAAUAAUUUAGUGGAUUUCAUAGAAACAAACUCCACACGAUGGCAAGAGCUUAAUAUAACAAAGAUCCUAGAAAAACACUUUUGGCCAAUUGAUACUAUGUACUCCUGCUCUAAGAUGUGUUUGUCCUGCUGGAAGCAACUUGAGGAUUUUAACAAUUUCUACACACGAAUAGAGGAGGCUCAUGAAAAUUUUGGCAAAAUUCAAAUUAAAGAAGAUAAAAUAUCAUGUAAUGAAAGUGAACCCUUCUCAUUUGCUUGUCUGGAACAGGAAAUGGUAAAAGAUCACAAUACUGUUUUACCAGAUAACAAUGUUUACGAACAGGUGGAAGAUAAUUGCGAUAUAAGUGAAGAUCUGACAAAUGAGGAUCAGUUACUUGAAUCAAAUUUUACAAAUUCUAGUAAUAAAGCAGAUCAGAAUAAAGAACAAGCUAAAAUUAAUGCCAAUCCAAAUGAUUCCUCUAAUUCAAUCGAUAUGGAUAGUUCAUAUAAUAAUGAUACAGACAGUGAUUAUGAACCAGAUACAAAUUCCUCUGAAAAUGUUAAAGAUGAGGUUAACAAUAAGAAAAAGGAUAUAUUUAUAAAGAAACAUUUUAAACAAAUACUCUGUGACCUUUGCGCUACACCACUGGAAAACUUUAGCUCCAUGAGGAAACACUUCCGAAAUGUGCACAAACAACGUGCUUAUCUUACUUGUUGCAAUAUAAGAUUCUAUUCAAAAUCUACUUUUGUAGAUCAUUUACAUAUUCACUUAAAUCCUGAUUAUUUCAAGUGUCAACAUUGUGAUAAAGUUCUAGCCUAUCGACAGAGUUUUGAAAAACAUAUGCUGAUUAGACAUAGAUCAAAGAGCAGGCAAAAAGUGAAACAUUUGAACAGCGAAGGAGAUCAAAAGCAUCAUACAGAAAAGCAUCCAGUGGGUGGCAAACAAGAUCAUCCCUAUACAGUGUCAGGAAGGGUUCUACGCAAUCAUACUAAAAUAAGUCAUGAAGAGGAAAUCGUAAAAGACCAGAAUUCUUUAGUAACAGAUAAUAAAGUUUCAAAUCAUGUAGAAAAUAAUUGUGAUAUAAAUGAACAUGUGGUUAAUAAGGAUCCGUUAGAAGAAGCAAACCUCACAAACUCUAGUAAUAGAGAAAUAACAAAAACUACAACACAGACAAAUUCAAAGGAGGACCAGAAUAAUGAAGAAGAAGAGAUUAAUAUAGAAUCAUGUGAUUCUAACAACUCGAACAGUUUAAACAAUAAGGAUAAAGCUGCGGCUAAUGAAUCAAAUCAAAGUGCUUCAAAAAGUGUUAAAUACAAAGAUGUAAACAAGAAAAUAGAUAAAUUUAUAGCGAAACAUUUUAAACGAAUGUUCUGUAACCUAUGCAACAUGCCAUUUGAAAGCUUUACCUCCAUGAAGCAACACUAUCUAAAGGUACACAAACAAAGAUGUUUUCUUGUUUGUUGCAAUAAAAAGUUUUAUGAUAAAUGUCGCUUUGUGGACCAUUUACACACACAUUUAAAUCCCGAUCAUUUUAAGUGUCCACACUGUGACAAAGUUCUAUCCAAUCGAGAGAGUUUGGAAAAACAUACGUUGCGUAAACAUACAACAAAAGGUGUUAAUCAAAAAAAUCAUAAAAAAGUUUCCAAACACCUGGGAAAUAAUUGCGAUAUAAAUGAAGAUAAAGUAAAUAGGGAUCCGUUAGCAAAUAAGGAUCCGUUAGAAAUAACAAAAACUCCAACACAAAGAAAUACAAAGGAACAGAAUAAUGAAGCAAACAUGAAUCCAGAGACUUAUGAUUCUUCUAAUCUACCCAACUCGAACAGUAACAAUAAUAUGUAUAAAAACACCGCUUAUAAACAACAUACAAAUGGCUUAAAAGCUAUAAGUAAGAAGAAUGAAAAAUUUAUAGCGGAAAACCUUAAACAAAUUCUCUGUAGUCUCUGCAACAUACCAUUUAAAAAGUUCGGCAACUUAAUGACACACUUCCAAAAGGUACACAAACAAAGUGGUUAUAUUGUAUGUUGCAAUAAAAAGUUCUUUGAUAAACCACGCUUAGUCGACCAUUUACACACACAUUUAAAUCCCGAUCAUUUUAAGUGUCCACACUGUGACAAAGUUCUAAGCGAUCGAAUGAAUUUGGAAAUACAUAUGCUGCACAAACAUAGACCAGAAGGUGUUAAGUUAAAAUAUACAUGUGAGACCUGUGGUAAGUCUUUUGCUAAUACUACCUAUUUGCGCAAACAUAAAAUGUGCCACUUGCCACAAGAGGAAAAGAAGUUUCGCUGCGCAAAAUGUGGCAAACAUUAUGCCGCUUCCUAUCGUUUAAAAAAACACCGAGAAGAAUGUAUGGUUUAUAGAAAAAAGUGUCAUAUUUGCGGCAACACAUUUACUUCUAGUGGCGGUUAUAAAACGCACAUGAACAAACAUGUCACACCGCCAACGAUCAUAAAUUGUGAUAUUUGCGGUAUACGUUUGGCCAGCAAACAAGGUCUACAAUUACAUAAAGAAACUUUACAUCCAGUGGGUGGUAGACAAGAUCAUCCCUGUCCAGUGUGUCACAAAAUGUUAUCAUCAAAAAGAGCUUUACGUCAUCAUAAUGAAAUAAUGCAUGGAAAAGGUUACGAUUACAAAUGCAACAUUUGUGAAAAAGGCUUCAAGAGAUUAUUAGAUUUAAAAGAUCAUUGUGUCAUUCAUACCGAAAAUCCUAAAUGUUCUUGGUGUCCGUUGACAUUUAAAUCACGUGUCAGUAUGUAUACUCACCGCAAAAAAAUGCAUCCCAAAGAAUGGAAAGAAUCAAAACUUGAAAAAUAUUCGGGAAACUUACCAACAGCAUUGGCAAAAGUUAUUAGUCCAUAUUUAGAGGAUUUCAUAGAAACAAAUUCCACACAAUGGCAAGAGCUCAAUGUAACAAAAGUCCUGCAGAAACACUUUUGGCCAAUGAAAUUAAGUGCCUGCUCCUGGAUGUGUUCAUCCUGUUGGAAGCAACUGGAGUCUUUUAACUUAUUCUACACACGCAUAGAAGAGGCUCAUGCAAAUUUUGGCAGUAUUAAAAUUGAAGGAAAUCAAUGGGAGCCAAAAGUUGAAGUAUCAAAUAAUGAAAGUGGAGACUUUUCGUAUGACGGUCUGGAAAUGAUCAUAGAUCAGAAUACCAUCUUUACAGAUAAUAAAGCUUUAGAUCAAAUAGAAAAUAGUGAUGUUAUAAGUGAACAUGUAGUACAUGAGGAUCCUUUAGUAAAAUCAAAUGCCACAAAUACCAGAAAUAGAAAAAAAUUAAAAAAUGCUGCUACAACAAAGUCAAAAAAAUCCAAAGACCAGAAUGUAAAAGAAACAAAAAUUAAAAGAGAGCCGGAAAAAGAUGCUUUUAAUGGUGAUGAUUCUGAUGGUAUUAAUGAUAAUGAUGAUGAAGAUACCGAUUCUGAACCAGACAAAAAUUCCGAAAUAGAAAAUAACGACUGUGAACCACAUAAAAAUUCGUCAGAAAUUAAAGGUAGAAAUAAGAAAAAUGAUCAAUUUAUAGCGGAACACUUUAAAAAAAUGUUUUGUGAUCUUUGCGGCAUACCAUUUGAAAGCUUUCUCAUCAUGCAGAAACACUUUGAAACGGAACAUAAUCGAAAAGGUUAUCUGGUGUGUUGCGAUAAAAAAUUCUUUCAACGCUAUCGUUUAGUUGACCAUUUACAAGUUCACUUCAAUCCAGAUCAUUUUAAAUGUAAGCACUGUGGUAAAGUUCUAUCAAAUUCAGAUAAUUUUCAAAAGCAUAUGCUGCGUCUACACCGGCCGAAAGGUGUUAAUUUGACACAUUGCUGUGAGAUCUGUGGAAAGUCAUUUAUGAAAGCCUCAUUAUUGCGCUACCAUAAAUUGCAACAUUUGCCUGAAGAGGAAAAGAAGUUUCCCUGUAAACAAUGUGGAAAAUUAUAUCCCUCUGCUAACCACUUAAAUAUACACACCGAGGCGGUACAUUUAAAAAAAUUCGUGAAAAUAUGUUAUAUUUGUGGUAAAUCUAUAGUUACAAGUGCCGAAUACAAAAUACAUAUGGACAAACACGAGGGCAUACCGCCACCGUCUAUAAGUUGUGAUAUCUGUGGUUUGCUAUUGACCAGCGAAAGAGGUUUAAAACGUCACAAAGACAAUCAACAUCCAGUGGGCGGCAAACAAGAUCAUCCCUGUCCGGUGUGUCACAAAAUAUCACCAACAAGGAAGGCUUUACUGAAACAUGUUAGUACGAUGCAUAAAAAAGGUUACGAUCACAAAUGCAACAUUUGUGAAAAGGCUUUCAAGAGGGCAGAAGCAUUACGGGAACAUAUGGCUUCACAUACCGGAACACCCUUAUAUACGUGUACUUGGUGUCCCAAGACUUUUUAUUCGAAUGGCAAUAUGCAUGCCCAUCGCAAAAGAAUUACCGAUUAUUCGUAUACAUAUUUUUUUCUUGUUUACAAAUUUUUGGAAAAUGUUAUUUUUAAUAAAUUUCUUAAUAAAAUAAUGGAAUCCUGUUUAUUGUGUUUAGAAAUAAAUAAAGAUAUUUUGGACUCCAUAAAGGCAAACUCAUCACAAUGGCAAGAGCUGGAUAUGGGAAAAGUGAUAGAGAAACAUUUUUGGCCAAUGAACAAUAUACAAACAAAUUCCUGGAUAUGUUUGUCCUGCUGGCAAGAGGUAAACGAUUUUCACAAAUUCUAUAUGCGUGUGGAAGAGGCUCAUAUGAAUUUUGGAAAAAUUAAAGUGGAGGAUGUUGGUGUAUUAACAACGGUGGAAUGCAAAGAGGAAUUAACAAUACAAAAAACAAAAAUAAAAACUACCACUGAAGAGGCGGAUAAAGAUAAUAUUGCAUUUUGUUUCCUAGAACCAGAGAUACUGAUAGACCAACCUCAGCCACAGGAUCUGGCGGAACCAGAAAUACUUAUAGAUCCACCACCACCAGCGCCCGAUUUGGAGGAUAACAAAGAAACUGCAAUAACACAGCCCUUAGAUGAGCUGGACUUGGAUGAUAUGCCCUUAAAACAGGCUUGUAAACGUUUAAGAUUAGAAAAUCAAAUAACAAAUAAAGAUCCUCUAGAGAAAUCUAAAAAAUCGAAAGUUAACAACAAGUCCAAGAAUAAAAAGAAAACUACUAAAGCCAAAGCUACUGCAGAGACAAAAACAUCAGAAGAAACCCCAGCAGAAGAAUCACAAGUGAAAGAAGAACCUCUAGAUACAAAUGAUAAUCAUGAUUCAGAUAGCCUUAGUGAUAAUGACAACGAUGCCGGCGAUGCCAAUUAUCAGCCGGAAAAGGAUUCUGCGGAAACUGUGGAAAGUAAAAGGCGCAAAGCUUACAGUAAACACCGCACAAAUCGCAAAGAAAAUGAUCAAUUUAUAGCCGAACAUUUUAAGCAAAUGUUCUGUGAUCUUUGCCAGGUACCGUUUGAAGACUUUCCCGCCAUGCAGAAACAUUUUACCGAAAAUCACAAACAACGAGGCUAUGUUGUUUGCUGUAAACGAAAGUUUUUCGAUCGUACCCGUUUGGUCGAUCAUCUUCAUUGUCACUUAAAUCCCGAUCAUUUUAAGUGCAAUGAAUGCGGCAAAGCCAUGUCUGAUCGCAUCAGUUUUGACAGUCACAUGUUGCGUGUGCACCGAGCCAGUGAGGUGGUUAAGCAACAUUGCUGUGAUGUAUGCGGUAAAUCUUUUACGGAAGCUUAUGUCCUUAGGAUACAUAAAUUAACUCAUUUGCCGGAAGAGGAAAAGAAAUUUCCCUGCAGUGAUUGUGGCAAAAAUUAUGGCAGUCCUUAUCUAUUGAAUCAACAUCGACAAGCGGUACAUCUUAAACGUUUCGUUAAAAUUUGCUAUAUAUGCGGCAAAGCUAUUAACUCCAGUGCUGAAUUUAAAAUACACAUGAAUAAGCAUGAAGGCAUACCCGCUCCCGUUAUAAAUUGUGACGUAUGUGGCUUACGUCUAACUAGUGAACGUGGUCUAAAGCUGCACAAAGAAUCCCAACAUCCAAUAGGGGGGAAACAGGAACAUCACUGCCCUAUUUGUCCAAAAAUAUCACCCACCCUAAAGGCACUUAAAAAGCAUAUAAAUACUAUGCACGAAAAGGGCUACGAUCACAAGUGCAGUAUUUGUGAAAAAGCUUUCAAAAGAUCUGAAGCUUUGAAGGAACAUAUGGCCACACAUACUGGCACUACUUUAUACACUUGCCCCUGGUGUCCGAAAACCUUUAAUUCCAAUGGCAAUAUGCACGCUCAUCGCAAGAAGAUACAUCCAAAAGAAUGGGAAGAAACAAAACUGUUAAAAUAUUCGGGAAAUAUACCACCAGAAAUUUAAAAAUCAUGCAAAAUAAAUCACAAUAAGUGAUUCAAUAUAAUUUAUUUAAUUUAGUUUAGUUUAACGUUUAUUUAAGUCUCAAAAUAUAUUUUUUAAUAUAAAUUAAUUUAAAAUUGAUCAUUAUGUAAGUAGUAACUACUUUUUUUAAAUAAUUUAAUAAAAGUAUACAUAUAUAGAUCUUGGACAGAUUUAACUAAA